AUGCCGUACGCUCGGCCCCCAGCCACGGCGCCCCCACUGCCCAAGUUACCGCGGCGCCCGCAGAUUCUCUUCCGCCACCCCGGCUACGACGAUAGCAUCAACGUCCUCUUCAAACUAUAUGCGAUCGAUACGGACACGGACGGCGGCCAUGACAACGGGGAAGAGGCGUCGCAGCGACCCGGAACCCCAGGCCUCUAUGCGCAGUUCGCCCUCGACGCCUGCGCCAUAAUCGCAGGCAAUCGGUUCAACGGCUGGCUCUCGACGUCACGCAACCCCGACGACGCGCGCAACAACCGAGUCGAUGCCAAUAGCACAUUGGUCGCGCGCAGCUAUUAUUACCACCUCGACCACGACGAACCCAUCGAUGGACCCGAAGGCGAGCCGUAUCGCAUCGUCCCCAACUUCCACGAAUGGCACUUCCCACACAACCAAACCCCAGCGCACUGGGAGCAGCUUUCCGUGAACGCGACGUCUCUCGACUCGGCCCGUACACCCUCCAACCUCACAAUGGCACUGCAGAUGCGUGACGGAAGCUGCCGUAUAAGCGGAUACCGAGAAGAGCUGCAGGUCGCGCACAUUGUGCCGCAGGCGGAAGUGGACUGGUGGAAGGCAAACAGCAUGUCGAAUUACAAUCGGAGUUUGACCAGCGGCAUGGACGAUACGGCCAAUGCCAUGUUCUUGACAGCGAGCCUCCACAUUGCCUUUGACAGGCCCCGAUUCGUCUUUGUGCCGAAGCCUUCGAGUGACGACGGAAAGAUGCGGUUGGUUCUCCAUCUGCUUGAGCCUUCAGCAGAGUUUGAGCAUCUCUACCACAACCGGGAGCUGCACCAGUCGGACGUCGGGGUUGAGAUGCUGUUUGCGCGUUUCGCAUGGACGCUGUUUCCUCUGCUGGACGCGUUCCUCUCGUGUAAGGAGAGUCGCCGGUUGGCUGUGCGUGCCGCUCUCAACGACCAGAUUCUCUCGCGUGGAUACUUUACUGCCGCGGCUUGUGAGCGGUUCUCCAUGUCGUCGAGCAGGAAGCGGUCGGUGAGCCCGAAGAAACGGAAACCGGAUGAGGAUGCGGUCGGCAGCAAUCGUGUUGACGAUGUUGACGCCCACAGGGAUGUCAACACGAACACAUCUCCUUCUGCGACAAACCUCCGCAAACGUUCGAUCGGAUGUAUGGAUCACGAACCCCUCUCACCGUGUCAAACACCCCCAAGCAACAAACGACGGAAAGCGUCGCCUAUCCCCGAGCAAGCAUCAUUCUCGUCCAACGUCUCGUCGGCGCCAUCCACUGAAUCCUCCACCCGCCAUUCCGACCACGAAGCAGAAGAAUCGUGUGCGAUAGUAUCCCACGGCUCGCCCUUGGCACAAAAGUGGUUGGAACAAGAACGUCAAAGAUCUGAUCCCGAACAGACUUGGACAGAGGAGAUGCGCUGGGAUGCUGCCGAGAUCAUAUUCUUGACUUCCCGAAUCAUCCCUGGUGUAGAAAGCACGUCCAAGGAAUACCUUGCGAUUUAUUCCAAAGUCAAACCUUUUCGGCAGUUAGGAAAACGACUGCAGAUGCUGACAAAGCACUUUGGCAUCGGUGUACUAGGUCUCUUACUUUCUGGACCGUCUUUCCCUAGCUUCUCUUUGACAGAUCACAUGCUCUUCGACAUCAACAUCAACGAUUUUGCUGAAUUUGCCACGUUGCUGGAAGAAAAGCAAGGAACGCUCCUCAGGAAACUCAGUAACUCGAUCGCACCGGCAUUGUCAGCUCUUGCAGCUUUCCACCAAAGUCAUGACGUGGAUGUGUUGCCCACUAUUAUAGACGUGGAAAAAUUGAAGGAUAUUCCAAAGGCGCUACUUACACUGUCACCUGACAAUUCACGUGGAGUCUAA